ACCGACAAGUGGUGGGAGCUCUUAUGCGUUAUUCGUUUGAAGAGACCGUUGAUAUACUUGCAAUAGCGGGAACCGGUGCAUUUGAUGUAAUGAUUCAACUAUGAUUUCGUUGAUAAUUCCAUUCUUUUGUUGCUUUUUGGGAACAUUGAGAAUGUCGCUUCGCAAAACAGUGGAAGCUUCUGGCAACAAGCAACAAGGAAGUUGUUGCUUGUCAGUGCUAAAGGGCGUUGGUCACUACUUACGGCUACGAGGGAAAGUGUUUUGCAAUCUGUCAGUGACGCAAGGUCAAUAAUAGAAUUCAGUGUGAUAUACUUUCGCUUUAUUCUAAUUGUGUUUCUAAUGCGUGCUGCCCCA